AUGCCAGUGGAUAAGGCGGCCUUGCGGCGCUCGGACGAGGCAAAGGCGUGGUUCUCCGCCGUGUACCGUGCAGUGCAGGGAAUACCGCCCGGCAGAGUCACUUCAUACGGACAUAUAGCACUAUUGUUGGGCUACCCUGAACGACCGCGGCAAGUGGGCGUCUGUCUCAAGCACCUCCCGUCCGCAAGUGACCAGCCUGAUGCUCGCUACAACGGUGACACCGUUCCGUGGCAGCGUGUGGUCAAUGCUAAAGGGACUAUCAGUCCGAGAGGUAGUGGCACCGCAAGACAAGAAGCAGCGCUCGUCCAGGAAGGCGUGGAAGUCGGCCGCGGUAAUUUAGGCGAGCGAACUGUUGACUUUGGCACCUAUGGCUGGUUCCCUGCGCGUUUGCCGAGCCAGGGAGGCGGUGACUUAUUAGAUGAAGACGAUGAGGAUGAUGGUGAGAAUGGAGAGGGCGAUGGCACAUGA